CAAAACUACGGCUGAUUUCUCCCAAGAUCAGUCCCAACUCUUCACUCUUCUUUGAACUAAAAACUGUAAUUGUUGAAAUAUCGCAAUUUACGUGUAAAAUUUUAAAUUAUCGACAAUAAUCAUGGAAGCAACAGUCUCGCUGGAAACGGCUGAAGGAAACUUGUACACGUAUGUCGUUGUGGGCGGUGGAAUUGCAGGAGUUUCCUGCGUCGAGCAGAUUUUAGAAUAUGACUCCAACGCCAAAAUCAUCCUAGUAAGUUCGUCAUCUGUAGUGAAAGAGGCAAGGAGUGUGACUCGUUUGACGAAAACUCUUCAAGAUUUUAUCGUUGUGGAGUCCAGCUUGAAAUCCUUCAAAGAUGUUCAUCAAAGCGUCGACGUAAUUCACGACCACGUUGCCAGCUUGGACGUUGACAAUCAUAUUCUGAAAACACUUUCCGGGAAAGAAUUCAGAUACAAGAAACUAUCAAUUUGCACCGGUGGCAGGCCAAAGAAGACUCCGUUCUGUCUAGAUUCGCCGUUACUUCUUGGAAUUCGUGACACUGAGUCGGUUCACAAUUUGGCGAAACGGAUUGAAAAUGCUAAACGUGUCAUUCUCAUUGGAAAUGGAGGAAUUGCGACUGAAUUUGUGCAUGAAGUCAAAGGCAUCGAAGUAAUUUGGGUCAUUAAAGACGACUCUAUCUCAUCUCAUUACAUGGAUGCGGCAGCAGCUGAGUUUUUCGUGAAAAGUAAAAUAAAUUGUGAAAAUGGAGAAGAAAAGGCUGAACCUCCUGAAAAUAGCAACAAUCCUGUCAAGCGACAACAAUACACAUUGUCUUCACCUAAAUUAACGGAGGAAAAAGUGGAAGGUUGUGUCGAACCAGGAAGUGCUCUUGGCCCAGAUUGGCAUCGUGAUCUCAAUCUUAAAGGACUACUGGGGAAGAAAAAUGUAGAAAUUAUUUACGAAACAGAAUGUUGUAACGUUACACUUCGAGGGUCUGAAGAACAAAAGCAGUGGCCAAUUUAUGCGAAGCUGUCAAACUCUCAAAUCGUAGGAGCAGAUCUAAUAAUUUUUGCUACCGGUGUCUUACCCAAUUGCGACUGGGUAGAUGGUUCUUUACGCCAAGAAGAAGGAAAAGGAAUUUUUGUCAAUGCCUCAAUGCAAACGUCAGCCAAUGAUGUGUAUGCUGCGGGUGAUGUUUGUUGUGCAGACUGGAAAUGGGCGAAACACUGGUUUCAGAUGAGGUUAUGGACCCAAGCAAGGCAGAUGGGACUCAUCGCUGGAAGAUCAAUGUAUUUUUCUCACAAGAAUACAGAUGUAAAUCAUGAAGAGUCGGAGGAAGACGAGCCCGAUUUCUGUUUUGAAAUAUUUUCUCAUGUGACAAAGUUCUUUGGAUUCAAAGUCGUCUUGUUAGGACUUUAUAACGGCCAAGGGUUGGACCCAUGUAAACAACAGCUUACCCUUCGGUGCAAAAAGGGCGUUGAGUUUAUUAAGAUAGUCAUGGUGGAUGGUCGGCUGCAAGGAGCAAUUCUAAUUGGGGAAACAGGACUUGAAGAAACAUUUGAAAACUUGAUUUUGAAUCAACUUGAUCUCUCUGAAAUCGGUGGUGCAAACUUGCUCGAUCCGGAUGUGGAUAUCGAAGAUUACUUUGACUAGUUUAUGGACUUCGUAAUGUUGUCAUCUUGUUACAGUCAUAAACCAGUUAUAUCUAAAUAUUACUAUUCCGACCAUUCUGUGAUACUAUUUGCCUGCCAAUCUUUUAUGAAAUGUUAAAAUGAGUUUUAAAAUUAUAAUGAAUCAACAAAAUUAUAACAAUGAUAUUGUAACCUUGAAGAAUCUCAAACUCAAUAAUUAUUUUUUAAACAUUA